AUGUUAGCAGUAAGUGUGAUGCUGGUGCUUUUUGCAGCGUUUCUCCUGUUUCUGCAGUUUCUGAAACUGCAAUGGGUGCGAAGACAAUUUCCUCCGGGACCAACUCCAUUCCCCAUCUUUGGCAAUCUGCUGCAGAUGAACUUCCAAAUUCAUCAUGAGAUCCUCAAAAAGAUGGCCAAAACUCAUGGUAAUGUCUUCACCCUAUGGCUUUCAAACAUGCCGGUAGUUGUCUUGCAAGGGUUUCAGGCGGUGAAGGAAGGUCUGACUGUUCAUGCUGAAGAUGUUGCUGGAAGGCCAGUAAAACAUGCCUUUCAACUUUUGACUCGUGGAAAUGGUGUUAUGUUCUCUAAUGGUCAUCUCUGGAAGCAACAGAGACGUUUUGGACUUGCAACAAUGAGGAAAAUGGGAGUGGGUAAAAGGGACCAGGAGUAUCGACUGCAGGAGGAGGCCAGUCACCUGGUGGAGUACUUGAGGAAAACAAAUGGAAAACCUCUGGACCCCACUAUGCCUGUUGUUCAUACUGUCUCAAAUGUGAUUUGUUCUGUGAUUUUUGGACAUCGCUUCUCUAAAGAUGAUGAAAAUUUUCACCGCUUGGUUGAAUCCAUUGAUACUAUAACAGCAUUUGGGAACAGCACCCUUUUUUUUGUACUCGAAAUGUUUCCCUGGCUUUCAAUGAAUUUCCUAGCACCAGUGAAACAGGCCUUAUCCAGCAUAAAUUUUGUUCGCAAUCUAUUAGAAAAAGAAGUUGAAGGCCACAAAGAAAGAGGAAAACAAGAUGAAAAUAAAGAUUUUAUUGAUUACUAUUUGGAUGAAAUAGAAAAAACUAAAGGAGAUGAUGAUGCUACUUAUGAUGAAGAAAACUUGAUCCAGACUAUGUUUGACCUCUUCCUGGCAGGUACAGAAACUACAGCCACCACUUUACGUUGGGCAUUGCUCUAUAUGGUGGUUUAUCCUGAUAUUCAAGAGAAAGUCCAGAAAGAACUGGAUGAUGUUCUGGGUUGUUCCCAUUUAAUUUGCUAUGAGGACAGAAAGAAGUUGCCCUACACAAACGCUGUAAUUCACGAGAUCCAGCGCUACAGUAAUGUAGUCUUAAUUGCACUUCCCAGACAGAGUGUGAAGGACACAUUGCUACUGGGAUUUCCUGUUCCAAAGGACACUACGAUUUUAGCAAAUAUUGACUCUGUUCUGUCUGAUCCUGGAAAAUGGGAGACACCUGAGCAGUUCAACCCAGAUCACUUUCUGGAUAAAGAUGGAAACUUUGUGAACAGAGAAGCAUUCUUACCAUUUUCAAUAGGGCACCGUGUGUGUAUGGGGGAGCUGUUGGCAAGGAUGGAGCUCUUCAUUGUCUUUUCCACCCUGUUACAGGCAUUCACAUUCACUCUGCCAGAAGGAGUGAAGGAAGCGAAUACAAAGCUUGUUUUUGGGAGCACGAUGAAGCCACAUCCCUACCAGCUCUGUGCCAUUCCUCGGUAG